UUGCACUUUGUUUAAUUGCUCGCAGUAUUUUUUUUAAUUUCGUCUUGAAAACGUCGCAACGCAGCCUGUUCAAUACAUAGAAAUGCAGAACUACGGCGUUGGAGCCGCUUCUCCAGCGAUCAAGCGCCGUACGGAUAGCUAUCAGGCUGCACAAAGCCAUCCACAAUCACCAAGCAGUGGUGAAAACUCCCGUUGCGAGAGUGACGAUGAGUAUGUGAACACCAGGAUACUCCGAAGGCAGAUGGAGCUGCAAUCAACGCCUGUGGUGGCCGUAGCACCAACGGCAACAACAGCUAUGGGACAUGUGGAACAACCGGAGUUCCCAGGAGCCACAUCCUCAGCAGCUAGUUACAAUGAGGAGCGAAUGCGUCGUAAACUACAGUUCUUCUUUAUGAAUCCCAUAGAGAAGUGGCAGGCGCGACGCAAGUUUCCGUACAAGUUUGUAGUACAGAUUGUUAAAAUAGUACUGGUGACGAUGCAGCUCUGUUUGUUUGCGCACACGCGGUACAAUCAUAUUAACUAUACCUGGGAUAACCGCAUCGCCUUCUCGCAUUUGUUUUUGCAAGGCUGGGACUCGUCGCGUGAGGUUGAAAGUUAUCCACCUGCUGUAGGACCAUUUGCCUUGUACAAAAAGAGCGAAUUCUUUAGCACUGUACAGUAUGCGCUCGAGGGAUACGACAAUGUUAGCUGCUCCAUUGGACCAUACUUUUAUCCAACACACAAUAACACAAUGCCGCCGUUGAAGCUGUGCAUGCAAAACUAUCGUGAAGGCACUAUAUUUGGCUUCAACGAGUCCUAUAUCUUCGAUCCACACAUCGAUGAGGUCUGCGAGCCGCUGAAUAAAAGCGUUGUGAAUAUUGGUGUGGAACAGUACUUAAAGGAUCGCGGUGUGGAGGUUAAUUUUGCGUCGCUGGUAACAGCCGAGUUAACGUUCAAGAUUAAAACGGUUAAUUUCAAAUCUAACGGUGGACCUUUGUCCGCGCCAGAUUGCUUUAAAUUCGAUAUAUCAAUACUGUUCAAUAACCGGGAUCACGAUGGUCAAAUGCUGUUAUCUCUGGAUGCGGAAGCCACACGCCUAAAAUGUAAAGGAGACACAGAUUUUAUUUCAGAAGCCCGUUUUGAUGCCAUACUUAGAAGCUUUCUUAAUAUAUUUGUAUUGCUGACCUGUAUCUUGUCUUUUGCGCUCUGCACGCGCGCUCUUUGGAGAGCGUACUUAUUGAGAUGUACGACAGUUAACUUUUUCCGCUCAUUCUUUGGCAAGGAGUUGAGCUUUGAUGGACGCCUGGAAUUUGUUAAUUUUUGGUACAUUAUGAUAAUAUUUAAUGACCUUUUGCUAAUCAUUGGAUCAGCGUUGAAGGAGCAAAUCGAGGGACGUUAUAUGGUUGUGGAUCAAUGGGAUACCUGCUCCAUAUUUCUGGGCAUUGGCAACAUGCUUGUCUGGUUUGGUGUAUUGCGGUAUUUGGGUUUUUUCAAGACGUACAAUGUUGUGAUAUUAACCCUUAAAAAGGCCGCACCAAAGAUUCUACGAUUUUUGAUUGCUGCGCUGCUGAUCUAUGCUGGCUUUGUAUUCUGCGGCUGGCUCAUACUGGGCCCCUAUCACAUGAAGUUCCGUUCGUUAGCCACAACAUCAGAAUGUUUGUUCUCACUUAUCAAUGGCGAUGACAUGUUUGCCACAUUCGCAACACUAUCCAACAAGGCAGCUUGGCUCUGGUGGUUCUGUCAGAUCUAUUUGUACUCCUUCAUCUCGUUGUACAUCUACGUGGUGCUGUCACUCUUCAUUGCUGUCAUAAUGGAUGCCUACGAUACGAUUAAAAAGUAUUAUAAGGAAGGAUUUCCCGUCUCAGAUCUCAAAGCAUUUGUUGGUACGCGCACCCUAGAAGACAUCAGCUCGGGCGUAUUUAUGAACGAUUUGGAUGACUUUGAGCAGACCAAGUUUAUGGACGUGCUGAGGUCAGUCUUCUUCUGUUGUUGCAAAGGACGCCGUUCGGAGCCAGCGCAAGGCAACAGCGGAUAUACAACGCUAUCGAGUAUAAUGAAGUGAUUGUGAUGCGCCAAAGUAUUUAUCAAUGUUUGUUGAAAUUGUUGUUAUAUUGUUAUUCAUAUUGCACUUAUACCAAAGAUAAGUGGACAAAUAGCGCUUGAUCUGAGAGAUGUACCCCAUUGUACGUAAUGCUUGCGAAUUUUUUCAAUUCUCAAGCAAGUUGAUUUACACACACAAAAAACUUUCAAUAACAAGGGCGCGCAGCGAUCAAUUAUCGCUAUGUGAAACACCACACAAUUGAUAAAAAAUAUGUGG